CCAGGACGCCCAAGCUCCUCCAGUCAGCCUGCUUCCACAAGGCCCCACCUGUCAGCCAGUGCAGCACCGCGGCCAGGCGAGCAGCAUCAGACAUGAACCAGGUGAUCAUGUUCUUGGUAAUGGCCAUGGGAACGCACAGCCUCGGUUUUCGGAUCCGGAAGGACUGCACCCACUGGCCCAGCUGCUGCCCCAGCAAAAGGCAGGACCCCACUCACGAGUGGCUGAAGAGGAACACUGUACUCAGGCCCCACCGAGAGACCGCUAGCCUCACCCACCAGCCGGAAUCCUGCAGGGCCAGUGAAGACGGACCCCUCAACAGCAGGUCUAUCUCCCCCUGGAGAUAUGAGUUGGACAGGGACUUGAACCGGCUCCCCCAGGACCUGUACCACGCCCGUUGCCUGUGUCCACACUGUGUCAGCCUACAGACCGGCUCCCACAUGGACCCCCUGGGCAACUCGGAGUUGCUCUACCACAACCAGACCGUCUUCUACCGGCGGCCGUGCCCCGGAGAGCCGGGUGCCCACGAUGGCUACUGCCUGGAACAGAGGCUCUACCGUGUCUCCUUGGCUUGUGUGUGUGUGCGGCCGCGAGUGAUGGCCUAGGCGUGCCGCCCGGGCCUGGCUCCUGAUCGGACCACCCGCCACGGUGAGCCAGGAUGCCCGAAAUGCUCAACCCCUCCAAAGCACUACAUGGAGCAGCAGGACCGCGGGACAGGAUCGGGGACUUUGCGGGGAACCGCACAUUUCACUAUUUGCGAUGGAUGGGAAAGGCGGGGUGAAGCAGCAGGGCUGCUUAUGGCCGCUGGAAGAGGACAUCCUGGCAUUUCCUCUUAGGAAGGGUCUUUGAGGCUCUAGAGGCCACCACCCCCAUCUCUUCCUUUUCUCCCAUCCUCAGCUACCCUAGCACAGCACAAGCACUUUCUAGCUACUUUCCCCUUUGCCAACGGAGAGCCCCUCACUUCGUGCGUGCGUGCGUGCGUGCGUCCGUCCGUCCGUCCGUCCGACACUCGGUGAGCACCUACUUUGCACACACCUUGGUGCAGUUACUAGGCGCUGAAGAAGAGGCUGUUAUUGAGCAUGGAGAGACUUAUCCAAAUAAAUAAACUGUAUUCAAAACGGC